AUGUCCGAUCCGCUUUCCGUCGCGGGGAGCGCGGUCGGCAUCAUUUCGCUCGGCAUACAGGUCUGCCAAGGCCUGAUAUCUUACCUUCAAUCUUUCAAAGCUCAAGAUCAAGAUAUCCAAGAAAGCCUCAGCGAUGUUCAAACUAUGGUAUCGAUUCUUUACUCCCUGAAGGGCAUCUUGCCAAAGGUUGACAAAAGUUCCCCUGAAACACCAGCCAUUCGUCGAUGCUUGGCCGAGAGUGAAGAAAAGCUUCGCGAAAUCCAGCAAUUCUCACUCAAGCUCCGUGGAACAGAAAGUCCAGAGCAUUAUGUGCUGGGAAAGAUGGAUAAUGCCAGACGAUCGCUAUUAUAUCCGUUUCGCGAAGGGAAAUUGAAGUCACUUUGCCAGGCAUUGAAGGGCUUGCUCCAACAUCUAAGUCUCGGUCUGAAUAUAACCUCACUGGAUAUUGCAGUCGGAAUCCGUACUAAUCUUGAUGAUCUUGGAAAUGCCAUGAAAGACCAAGACGCAAACGUGACCAAGCUCUCUGACCAACUUCAGCUUCUAGACAGCAGCAUGGCAGUUUACUAUCAGGACUUGAGAACUGAAAUAUCCCAGGCUCAAACAUUCGCGCAACAAUUUCGACAAGAGAUUGGCGGGCAGCUGAGGCUCAUCAAUACCGACAUUGGCUCUCUUAUGUCAAUCAAUCAACGGCACCAAGAAGACAUCAACCAGUGUUUUAUGAAAGCUUUGGACGAGCUAAAAGAAAAGAACAACUUUCAAAAUGAAUUGAUACGAACAACCCUGAAUGUCUAUUCAGAACGUCAGGUCGAGACAAGCUUCCGCUCUUGCAAGAACAAGGAAUCCAAAGCAGUUGGCAAAGUACCCCCUCGACUGUACAUGCAAGCGACAGCAUAA